UGAAAAUUCAUUCACAGGAUAUAGGCAUCAAUAGCAAGGCUAGCAUUAAUUCUCAUUCUUAACUUCCCAGAGGAAGGUUAAGAUUCAAUCACACAAGUACACAGGAAAUUAAGAAAGGACAGAAGAGGAGAUGGAUUAUAAUUUACAAGUUUUGGGAAAUUCAGAAGUAUUAAAAAUCAGUUUAUCUGGAGUUAUAUUUUAACAGAGAGGAGUAUCCAUUACCCCUGCUACCCUAGUCAAGUAGUAACUUGGAAUCCCAGAACUGUAGAAGCAAUUCAUCCGUCCUGAUUUCAGUCAUGUGACAAGGCCAGGCAUUCAGGUGCCGAUUGCCUAUUUUAGUGUGCUAAUUAGAAGGCUGUUAAACUGAGUAUAGUUUUACUCCCCCAUUAGGGUUUCCAUUGUGAGGUAAUAAGAUGACAAAAGCUUUAGCAUAAGUUAAUAAUUGAUAUUUUCCUUUGUCCAGAGAUGGAUAGAAGCAGGCAGCUUGACUCCAAGAUCCUUUGUUUGUUUUAGUUGGAAUGUUUGCACAAUGUGAGGAUUCAGAAGCUUCUGGAAAUAUGAUCAGCCAAAACCUUUUCAUUGUCCAGCAAGGGUGUUCUCUUUUUAAGAAGGAGAUUUUAAACUCAGGCAUAAAGAAGAGUAUACAGUUUUCUUUGGAAUUUCUCUUCAUGCCUUCUAGCUAUGACAUAAAUCAUAACAAAUAAACUAACUCUUCUCAGAAACAACAGUUUAGAUAUGCGGUGGGCUAUUCCAAAGAUUCCAAGUUAACUCAUUCAGGCUAACUGCCUUAUACAACAAAACUAAAAUACCUCACAUUUCAAGACUCAGUUGAGGAACAAUUGCUUUGCUCAAAGUGUUAUCAAACUUUGGAAUUCCCUACCUCAAGGAUUGGACUUGGAAUAUAUUUAAGGAUGAGUUAAAUUUUAUAUCUUUUAGGGAGUGAAGAUUUAUGGGUGAGAAGAAGUGGUACAAAGGUCACCAUCAGAUCUGUCCUGCAAGCUGUGUCUGUUGGUAACCAUUCAGUAGGUAUGAAAGAUACAAUUUUGUUUCGGGUUAUGAUUUUGUUACUUUCAGAGUAUUAAUGUGGCAAAAUCCUUGGUCGUGCCUAUAGAGCUACCUGAGAUUGGAAAGGCCAUUCUCUCCAGAGUUAAGGGAAGGACCUUUUUUUAAAUUGGUGUUAUCACUCGUGCCCUGUGAUGGAUGGGAAUCUGUCAGCAUUUGUCCCACCUUGUAAUUUGUAAAUUUGGAUUAUUUUGUGGAUAUUAAGCAGUAAGGGAAUGGAAUGCUUUGCCUGCAACGGUAGUAGAUUCACCAACUUUAAGUACAUUUAAGUUGUCAUUGGACAAGCAUAUGGAUAUAGUACAUGGAAUAGUGUAGGUUAGAUGGGCUUCAGGUUGGUAUGACAGUUCGGCACAACAUCGAAGGCCGAAGGGCCUGUACUGUGCUGUAAUGUUCUAUGUUCUAUAAUACUGCAUCGGCAGAUUGUAGAUGGGGUACAUAACGUCUUCUCUGGUUUAGUAUCUGAAUACCUUGACAUUUUGUAACUUUUUUGAGAGCAAAAUCAUGCUGACUAAUACAUUGUAGCACUGGCAUAAUUCAGAGAAAUCAUGCGGGCUCAUAGAUUGUAGAGCAACUUUACGCAGCCGUAGUUUUGACUCCGCCCACACUGCUGUCGUAACACAGAGGCCAGUGAUGCCGGUUGAAGCCUGUGUUUGGGCCUGAGGGGAUCGGGCGGCGGCAUGUCCAGCAGCAGGAAGCGGAAAAGGACUACUGGAAUGGUGCAGAGAAUCUUAUUUUUGAGUGAUGUUCAGGAUAUGGAGGCAACCUGCAAGAAAGCCAGUAGUCUUGCUAAGAAAUUUACACCUUCAGUUGCAAAAUCAUGGAAUCAUUGUGGUGAAGGUUUUCAAGAAGUUCCAUCAAUGGAAGGUAACAAGUCUACUGGAGAAGAGAAAGUGGUUGGACGUAGCCUCACAUCUUUACUUCAGUCUGACAGAGCAGAUCCUGGCAAUCAGAACUCUGAGGAAAUUGCAAAAAUCACAUGGAGUUCCAGUGACAGUGAUUUGUCAGAUGGAGAGUUACUGAUGAAUAAUUCAAGGCUUUUGAAGGAAAGAGGAUCUGCCCUGAAAGGCCAAAGUACAGUGAAUUCGUACCAUAAAUACAUUUGCAUGAUUAAUUCAUUAACAGACAGCCAGUCUAGCGAAGAAAACGUACCCAUUAUUGACUGGGACAGUUUGAGUGAUAAAGAUACACCUUCUGACAAGGUGGAGUGCAUAGUCGAUCCCACCUGUAUCGAUUCAGAUACAUCAAAUAGCCAUAGUGGGGGCAACAGAAACAAUGUAACUCAGCAGUCUGAAUCAUCAAUGACAGCAGAAGUUAUUUUGGAAUUUUCAUCUGAUGAUGAAAGCAUAAAAGAACGUGAAUGGUACACAAAGCCCUUUCCAUCCACUUCUGCACAAUCACCUACAGCUAAUUGUAGAUCAGAACAUGACAAGACCAUGAGAUCAGCAAGCAAUUGGUUGAAAAGUGCACAAGCAUUUCUACAGACACCUGAGAAGCAAAAGAGAAAACAAUUCAAAACUCCAGAAGAUUCUGCCAAAAAGAGAAAGAAAUUUAUGAGGGGAGGGCUAGCAGAAAGAUUAAACAGACUACAGUGCCGAGAAAGGUCUGCCAUUAACUUUUGGAGGCAUCAGUCUCUAGCUGAUUUACAAAUUCACACAGGUAGGACAGAUGAUAUUUUGAGGGUGAAAGUUUUGGAUUUGCAUGAAGAAUGUUCAAUGUUUGUAGCUUUGUGUCAGCCGAUGAGGGACACCUCCACAGACAAUGCUAAUGAAAAUGAUGGAUGCACCAUUAAAGCACCACUGAAGGUUUUAUUCACCGGAGAAACAGCAUUACACCUUGGGAUCUGUGCAGGUGAUACUGUUCACAUCUAUCCGCCAUGGCAAAAGCUUGAUAUCCAGGAUGAAAAUACUUGUGCUAUUUUAUGUACUUACUUUAGUCAGAAGAUGAUUACUGGAACAAAACCGGAUUAUUGUUGUCCCGGAAAAUCAAUGGUGUUCACGAAAGCUCCAGUGUCUUUAACUGUGAAAUUUAACCUUACUGAUUCAAGUCAAAAACAUUAUUCAGAUGAUCAGCAGAAUACGACAAUAAGGAAUGUCGGAAGUCUAUUCCCGAUACCACAGGAGGAGGUAAUGAAAGUGUCGGACUUUGAGCAUCGUUUGUCAGUUACCAGUGUAUGUGAUUCACUUCUCGAAGUGAUUGAAAGCCAGGGAGCAGCAGGAUGGGCAAAGCAAAAUCUGAAAGUCGUUAUACAGAGAGUGUACUGUCUUCCUAUUAAAGAAGUUCUUCACAAUCAAUUGACCAGAAACAACCAACAAGAUCAUCCUCUACCUUCAAAUGUAGGUCAACAAAAUUCAAGGUUAUGUUUUCUAGUGCAAGACAUGUAUGGUUUGUUUGGUGAAGUUCAUCAUCAUACAUUCUGCUCAUUGGAAGAGGACUUGCAGGUGCAGAAUGCCUGCUGGGAAGGAAAGGCAUGCUACCUAACGGGAAUGAAGGUUCUACAGAGAACAACAAGAGGGAGGUCUUCAGGACUGUUCAGUCUGAUUGAUAGUCUUUGGCCUCCGUUGAUUUCUCCAAAGGUCCAUGGCCAAAGCCAAGGCAGCCAGGAGCUCAUAGAUUUGACCACUGAUGUACAAUUGCCUGCUCCAAGUUUUUGCUAUGUUCUUGCACCUCUUCCAGGGGAGGGGGAAAUAAAUGUGCUUCAGAAUGAAAAUGUCUCUGACCUCUACCGGCCUUCAGCAUUGCACGAUUUAAUGUAUAUUCUUCAGCAUGUUCCUCAAAGAAAUCGAUGUAGUUUCAAUGCAGAAGUUAUUUACACCAGGUUCCAGGAGCAAACUAUCAAUCAUGAAAAAUGUAAGGACUUUUGGCUGUUUGUGAUUGAUUCAUCACUGCAGUCUGCAGGUCACGAUCCUGGAUUACCUAAAACACUCUCAGUCUAUGUUACCUCAAGUUGCAUUGUCGGGCCUGAAGUUAUGAAAUCACUGAAUGAUGAAACAUCCAGCAACAUUUCCUUCAAGGAUGCCAUUGUCGAGAAAGGCUCUAUUGUGUGCGUUGAGGGUACCGUAAUUUCAGUCAACAAAUUGGUGUUGCAAAGAGAUGAAAAUCAGAAAAUCUCUUCAUUGACUGGAAACGUUGUCCUUAAUGAACUCAGUGCUAUGACCAAAGUAAAUUCUUUGUGUACAGUCCAAGGGACUAUUGUUGGUGUUGAUGAGGCUAAUGCUUUUUCAUGGAUAGUUUGCAGCAGAUGUGGAAAUGGAAAACUGGAAAAGAAGCAUGGAGAAGGUGAAUCAUUUUACUGCCGUCAAUGUGCCCAGUCUGUGAUGACACCUCUUACAAAAAUGCAAUUGGAAGUGUUUCUGCGGUAUCCAGACCUGCCCCAUAGUUCUGUAAAAAUCAAGCUUCUAGAGCCAAGCAUUUCCUCUCUUCUGCUGCAUUCAUCCAGUGAUGAAGGGGGCUAUGAGGUGGACGGUGUACUUGGCCAGGAGUUGGGACCUCUCAGCUGCUACGUCAGCUCUGUAACAAAUCAGCCAGCAAGCUGGAUUGGACUAGAGGAAGUUAGUCUGCUACACCCUCAGCAAAAGUGAAAUUCUCAAUCAUCACUUGUAGCAUUGAUGGCUACAAUAUUUUAAAGUCUAUGAUGCAAAAUAUCUAUUUCAUUAAAUGUUUAUAAAUGAUGCAUUGUAAUUAAAAUUAUUUUGGAUAUCU